GUGUGAUAUUGCACCUUACAAAACAAGCUUGUCUGUGCUAUUCAGGAUUGUUUGCAAAUACCUUUUCAUACACACCAGGAUCUGUCAUCCUGACGGCUACACUUAGAAGAACCUUUUCAAGUUGACAAUGUCCGCCAGCGAUUGAGUAUUUAUGCCUGUCAAAAGCUGUAACUCAUUUCCAUACAUUCCGGGGACAUUCUCCCAAAAAGACUGCUUUUUGGGUAGUAAGGGAAUUCUCAGCUGUUCUAUUGCAGGGUCAAAAUCUUAGUCAGAUAAGGGCGGCUGUCCUUGAAUGUUGCCACUUUUUUUUGCCAUUCCUCAAAUACUCUCCAAAAAGGAAGGAGACCCAAAACCUCUACCGAACCUUCCAAUUGCCAACGACACUCUUCCAAAAUUCUAACUGGCGCAACCUCAACCUCAAAUUUGACUUGAGAUUAUCAUUUCACAAUGUCCUUCAGAAAGCGCGCAGUCGUAGUCGGACAAGCAGGCUCUAAUUCCACUGCAUCCCAAGUUACCACAACAAACAAAGCCCUUCCACCCGGCCUUCGACCCUCGCCUCUCGAUGGCCGCUUAACAACAUCGACCGGAACCCAUUCUCUGGAUGGAUUACUUGCUGGUCAUGCAGGCUUAGCUCUGGGAACGUCAUUGCUCAUUGAAGAGCAUGGAACGACGGAUUUUGCUGGGUAUCUGACUCGAUAUUUUGCAGCUGAAGGUGUAGUGCAGGGACAUCAAGUGCAUGUCUUAGGGAUGCAUGAGGGAUGGGGACGAGAAUUGCCUGGCAUCGGUACAGGAGAGGUCUCGAGACGAGGUAGUGAGAUGGUGAAUGAGGAAAAGAUGAAGAUUGCUUGGAGAUAUGAAAGGUUGGGAGAGUUUGGCAGUGCACGAGAGAGAGGAGCCCCUCAGUCUCCAGGAUCACAAGCUUCGUCAAGCACAGCCGUGUUCUGUCAUGAUUUUGACCUCAGCAAGAAGCUUCUACUGCCUUCACCAUCUCCCAUGAGAUUUGUUCCAAUAACCACACGGCCACCCUUCGAAUUCAAAGAUUUAGACACGUCUGUGUCUCCAUUCACAGGAUUCUUGAACCAUCUCAGCACACAGCUAUCAGUAUCGCCAAACACAGUACAUCGCGUAGUGAUCCCAAAUCUUCUUUCGUCCGCACUGUAUCCACCAGAAAGCUCAAGACCCGAGCAUGUUCUUCAAUUCCUCCACGGUUUGCGAGCACUUCUUCGCAAAUAUCCUUCACAGGUAGUCGCAAUAAUCACCUUGCCAGUAACACUCCACCCUCGAACAACUGGCUUGACACGGUGGAUGGAGCUUUUGAGUGAUGGAGUACUAGAACUAUCGCCAUUUCCUUCAAGUGCCCUGCCAGCGAAAUCCACACCAGGAGCUGCCACCGUACACGAGGAGCCUCCGCAAGGAAUGUUGAAAAUUCAUCGUCUACCAAUAUUUCAUGAGAAAGGCGGCGGAGGUGGAGAGGCGAGUGGAUUUGGAGAUGAUCUUGCCUUCACCUUGAGUCGCAGGAAGGGUUUGGUAAUUAAGCCAUUCAGUUUGCCACCAGUCGAGGGAGACACGGAGGCUCAGCAAGGAGGUCUUGAACAUGAGCAUGGGAAGGCGACAAAGGUUGACAUCGAAUUUUGAGAUGGUAGAAGAUGUAAUGAAUGACGACCUUCAUGAAGCUGGGAUGUUGUUCGGGAGCUUGGAGAAACAAUGGCCAGCGGUAGGGAGUGGCCCAUGAUGCCAAUAUGAUGCUCUGGGCCGGAUCUAGGCAUCUUCGGAGGAAAGGUGCAUAUGCACAAAUGAAAUUGAGAUGCAAGAUCUAUCGAUCCUCGGAAUCCAUAGAGCUUCUUGGACUUUCUCCUAG